UAUUUAUAACAUUCCUUCUAGUCAUCAGACAGAGUCGUGUUUGUACCCAUCCUCGCAAUGAUGGAGUUGUCUUCGGUCUCCUUUUCGUUCAAACUCUUAGUGACCGCCAUAGUUACCAUUAGCUUGGCGAAAUUCGUCUCGAUAUUGCAUCGACAACUGACACAUUGGAGGAAUCGACGCGUGCCCUAUAUUUGGUCGAUGCCAGUAUUCGGAACGGGAUGGAGAGUUUUCAGCCGUCUCAUGUCCUUUCCAGACUACGCAAAAUUCAUUUAUCACUAUUACCCGAACGUAAAGUACGUCGGGAUAAUGGAUUUCGCCACGCCAACGGUCGUCAUUCGGGACCCGGAACUGAUCAAGGAAAUAUCCGUAAAGAGUUUCGAGCACUUCCCCGAUCAUUUGGGCUUCGUCAGCGAGGAGGUAGAUCCUAUUUUUGGGAGAAAUAUAUUUUCCUUGCGUGGCGAUCGCUGGAGAGUGAUGAGAAACACUCUCAGCCCGUCUUUCACUACUAGCAAGAUGAAGUUCAUGUUCAGUUUGGUGUCGAAAUGCUCGAAGGAAUUCGUCGGCUACCUGUACGAUCAUCCAGAGUUCUCUUCCUCGAUGGAAACUAAGGACGCCUUCACUAGGUACACCAACGACGUGAUCGCCACCGCGGCGUUCGGUAUCAGCGUGAAUUCUUUGGAGGAUCGUGAAAACGAAUUCUUCACGAGAGGGACCGAUGCCACCAAGUUCGGAGGUUUAGGGCGUCUUUUGAAGUUCAUGUUGUUCCGUUUCAGUCCCUGUUUAUCGAGACUGAUGGGACUCUCGUUCCUAUCGCCCGACUCGGCUAGUUUCUUCUACAGAAUUGUCUCCGAAACUGUGAAGACGAGGGACAAAGAGAACAUCGUUAGACCGGACAUGAUCCACCUUCUGAUGCAGGCACGGGAUAAAGAGAAGUCUUCGACGCAUCGGAUGACCAUCGAGGACAUAAUAGCCCAAGUAUUCAUCUUCUUCUUGGCUGGCUUCGAUACGUCGUCGACCUUGAUGUGUUAUUUAGUCCACGAAUUGACUGUGAAUCAGGAUAUUCAGGAGAAGCUACGCGAGGAAGUCGAACGCUACAUGGCCGAAGGGAACGGGGACAUCUCUUACGAGGCUCUGUCGAAAAUGGAGUACAUGGAGAUGGUGACGUCGGAAACGCUCAGGAAGUAUCCUCCGGUGGUGUUCAUCGACAGAUUAUGCGCGGAGAAGUUCGAAUUGCCUUCAGCUGGGCCUGGAUACGACGGCGUGAUCGUGCGUCCCACCGAUGUUGUUUGGUUUCCUGUUUACGCGAUCCAUCACGAUCCCAAUUAUUUCCCUGAUCCGGAGAAGUUCGACCCUGAACGAUUCAGCAGAAAAAAUAUUGAUAGUAUUCAACCGUAUACGUAUAUGCCGUUUGGUUUCGGGCCUCGAAAGUGCAUUGGCAAUCGUUUUGCUCUAAUGGAAACAAAAAUUCUGAUUGCUCAUCUGUUGCACAGGUUCCGCUUGCACCCCACCGAAAAAACCAAACAUCCGGUCACAUUUAGCAAAGCACAUUUUUCGCUGCUCUCUGAUGACGGGUUCUGGGUUGGACUAGAAAAAAGGAAUGUUUAGAUAAUUAUUCGUAUGAAAGAGUUUCGUAAGGAUGUUUGUUGAAUUUGCAAGUGUAAUAUUUAUUAUUUGCAUGUAUGGGUAAGUUUUGUAGGUUACGUUUUGAUACUGUUUUUGGUGUUGAUAUCAUUGGCCGACCUGCAUUCGAACGAAUGAAUGACGAUAAAUAUAACAUCAUUUUUAAUUUCUUUAAAAUGUAUAUAUAGAUUUCAUUUGAU